CCUGGUCCCACUCCUCCAUCUCCUUCUGGACCUUUUCCAUUGACUACUGGCUACUGACUACUGACUUCUCAAAUCCAUAAAUCUAUAUUGGGGCGUAUUGAGGUAUUUAACAGGAUCACCCUCCGGAGCGGUCCAGCCCACAGCGUGCUCUCUCGGCGCUCUCUUGUAUGCGUGUGGGCACACAUGGCUCAGCUCCGGAUUACGGGUGAGAAGUUUAGCUGCACCACUCUGCUCGCACUGUGCCAGUUCAUCUACCUGCUGCUGGGGGCCACCGUGUUCCAGCUGUUGGAGAGAGAGGCUGAGAGCAGCAACCGUAACAAUUUCCAGCUGGAGAAGCUCUACUUCCUGACCAACUACACCUGCCUGGACGUAUCAGCCUUGGAGAAGUUUGUACAGGUGAUUUUAGAUGCCUGGGGAAAUGGGGUGAAUCCUUCAGGAAAUUCCACUAACCCCAGCAACUGGGACUUUGGCAGUUCUUUCUUCUUUGCAGGGACAGUGGUCACUACUAUUGGCUACGGAAACCUCUCUCCCACCACGUUCCCGGGGCAGGUGUUCUGUGUGUUUUACGCCCUGUGUGGGAUACCCCUCAACCUGGCCUUUCUCAACCAGCUCAGCAAGUGUCUGGCUCUUCAUUUGGGACACCUGGAGCACAACAUGGUCUCAGUGGUGCCUCAUAAGCAGUGUGUGGAGGCGUUGGCCGUGGUCCUGUUCCUGUUGAUGGGCAGUACGCUCUUCCUGGUCUUCCCCCCACUCAUCUUCAGCUACAUGGAGGGCUGGUCAUAUGGAGAGGGUUUCUACUACGCCUUCAUUACACUCAGCACCAUCGGCUUUGGAGACUUUGUGGUUGGCAAUGGCCAGGACAGGCAAAAUGUCUCAGUGUACCGCAGUCUGACCGCCGUGUGGAUCAUCUUCGCUCUGGCUUGGCUCGCUCUUCUCCUCAACAUGGGCGCCAGGAUCAUUGAGCAUUUUCUUGAUCUUAAAAAGCCAGCUGCUGGCGGAGACGAGGCAAGGCCUUCAGCCAGGAAGCAGGAGGAGGGCCUGAGUCAGAGAGCCAUCCAGCAGAGAACCUAAAUGAGAGGACUUCUGUAAAAUCAGUGCUGUCAGGAAAUUACAUAUCCACUGCUGUAAAGCUGUACGAUCAUGCAUUUCACCUGUACUGUUUUUUAGAUGUCAGCACACAGGCCACUGUGGGAGCGGAACAUUAUGCACAGCGUACAGUAAAUUCUAGAUGUCAUACAUCAACGUUUAAGAUGUUUCAAAUUGUGAAUAUUUGCUUAUACUUUGUAGAGUGGUUUGUUUGCUGUACAUGUUUGUUUGUUUGUUUCCUUGUUUUUGCCAUGGAUGGAAACUGUGACUAAUGUUACAUGUUCUCUAGAAAGCCUGGCAUUAUUUGUUGUUGUAUGUUAAAUUAAUGCACCAACAUAAGAAGACAGAUGUAGAAUUUUAUUGCUUAUGCUGUAUUUGCUGUACUAAUUUCAUGCAAUGCUAUGUUGCUGUUUAUCAGUGUCAACUAUCUAGCCUCUGAUUUCUGAAUCCAGAUUUACUGAGAGACCUAACAUGAUUUGUACAGUACAGUGCAAAAGUCAGAGACCCCUCUUCAUCUUUUUAAUUUGCAGUUAAAACAGCCAUUA